AUGCAACGGGUCGAAUCCAUCCUCAGCAACAAGUACCAAUACGAGGAUUGGGCAGCCACCUUCGGCAUUGCCAACAAGCCCGACAAUGGCACCAGCGAGGCCUUGAAGGCCCUCGAGAUCAAGCGGUGUGGUUUUACGACUGCUGCCGCCGUGUCGUUGUCUACACCUGUCCCUGUCAUGCCCACGCGUCUAGCGCUGUCGCGCGAGCGAGACGCAGUUGAGUCUCAGCUCCUUGAUGCCCUCGGGGCCUUGCACUCGCGCAAUCGCCUGCAUGGGGAGCCGCUGACAAUCGAUGAGUAUCUCGAGAACCCCGAGGAGGCUGAGGUCAGUCCUUCCAAUUCGCCAUUCCCUCAGCCCGAGGAUGAGGCCGGCAUCAUCGUUGCUGCGAAACAAGCAGUCGCAGCUAGCCUGGCUGGCCAGCCCUUCGUCCCAGGUGUCGACGAUGUGAAUGGAGACAAGGACGAGGACAAUGAUCCCAUGCAGGAUCAUCCGGGUCUGACAGAGUUGCAGGCGAUGUGCGAGAUGCUCAAGAGGGUCAGCAUCUUGCAUGCAGAUGCGAGCGGGGUUGAUGUCUUGGGGCUGCAGGCACAGCUCCGUAAAUUACGAGGGCAUUUUCGUAGAGUACAGUCUGCUUCUGCCCGCCAGACAACACUUACUAUGUACUUUACAUAG